AUGAAGCAAGAAAAACGCGGACAAGAACCACCAUCGCCUAUAUACGAGUCUCUACCUCCGCCCUGGCUACCCAAGUCACACAGGACUGCUGAUGUUGGAUACCCUGGUUUUCAUCCGCCCCGCCCAGGACAGGAUGAGGAUGUCUUGUCUGACAAACAUAUAAAAGACGGUUUCUUGUUACCGCUUCCCGUGCCUGAUGAGCACCAAAGCGCUGCAGUUGUAUUUCUACAGCAGGAUGCAAAGGGUAGCCGCAUAUUCGACCAGAGCGUGCUCGCAGACCUCGAGCACCUCAUGAAUGAUAUCUUUACUCGAAAGGCAGACAGUACGGUUGCUAUACAGUCAUCAACAUUCAAGAUUCCUUCACGAGUGACCAUGAGUGAUACCAAGCGACAGACCUGGUUCGCUGAACUUGCAAACCCCGAUGUACCCUUAAGUAAACUCGGCAAAAGUGUGCCACAUGGCGCUAAAGGACACGAUCUACUCGACCUUCUUCAUACCAACAACGUUGCCAUACCUCGUGCAGUCUGGUUUCUUCGAGUGUUCGGCGCAAAUGAGACUGCUGGCCUGAGAAACAAACCGUCUUACAAUCCAACCCAGUACAGCGUAGAUUGGGCGAUAGUGGUGACAAGCUAUAUCAAGAAACAGCUUGCUGAUAUUGCUCUACCAAGCGCCCCUAGACCUGGAAUGAAUAUCAAACAGACAUUUAAGGGCGUCCUUUCCGACGCGGAAAGCCGGGAUCGAUGGGUUUCCCGUUUCACGUACUGCCUGAAACUAUUGCGACCAUUCUAUGAUGAAGGUCUCGUAGACCAUCGCACUUUCCUUGCAUGGAUUGUCCAUCAGAUGGCCGCCUGCAACCUUGCCCAAGCAGGAUUUGUAGCACAUUUGGCUGAUGAGUAUCUUGAUGGAGUUCUUGAAAAGCGCCCACUCGCGAAACCCCUUUUAGACGCAUCCAUCGCGAAAUUGAACGAAAUCAGGACGACUUCCGCUCAGGGUCACCUGAACAAGCUUGAGGAGAUUCUGAAGUCUCUGAUUCAGCGCAUUUGUGUAGCCCUUCCGGACACAUUCGUUUCUCCCAGCACAUGGCUAGCGCAUUCAUCGCUCUUGCGUUCUGCACUUGCUGGCCCUGCUGAUAGUGGUCCUAGUGACUGUCGACGGCGUGACUUUCAGCAAUUCAUUUCGGAUAAUUUGAUAGAUAUUCAGCGUCGCAAUGACGCCAUGCUAUUUCGCAAUCUCCCGCCGCGAAAACUCGAGCGUCUUGGGUCCCUGGUCGUUGAUAUUCAAAUUCUAAAUUCGAUCUGCAGUAGCACGGACAUGUCCUCCAUAUCGUUUUUCUCUUCUCAAAUUCCUGAUUGCACAUCAAGCUCAAGUUUUGUCGACAAACUCGACACUUUGUUAACGUGGGCUGUGACGCCACUGCAGUAUGGCUCUCAUCGCCCAUAUGCAGCUGUGACCCUUCUCCGAGCAUAUCACGAACGCAACGCACGCCGCGAGCUAUCUUCAGCCACCCUUCACGAUCACCUCUUCGAUUGGCUCGACUCCAAACCUGUUGCCCGGGAGGCUGGAAAUCUCAGGGCAGUAGCGGGUCUGUUCGGGAAAUUGAUGAAGAGUGGGCUCUUUGAUUACGCAGCUUAUGCGCAGAGACUCGUUGCGAGAGGCGAGGAGGGACUCUCUCUGAGCGAGCCUGACAAAACGGCUUCCUUUCAUCGUAAUUUCCUUCGCUGGAUACCGUUACAGAACACAACAUCAUCUCUUUUAAACCAGCGCAAAGUUAUUGUCUACGGAGCGCGUGCACGACAGACCCCUGAAGAUGUCUGUGAACGUGAGAUGCGAAGGGAAAUCCGCGCAAUCUUGCCACUUGUAUUUGGGGGUGACACCCUUCCGCCUUCAAUUUCUAUGACAUCUCUCCGAACCAGCUGUCCUACUGUGCUUGGCGCACCAUGUUUCGAGCAAGUGCGAACGAUCAAACAGUGGUUACUUCCGAAUUUACACAAAUUUGCCUCAAGAUCGCAAUCAUUAGAUGAGAUCAGUACUCUGAAGACAUAUAGUACAGCGGUGGAACUCCUCAGGUACACUCAUAGUUAUGGCUCUUUGCUGGAGUUGAGUCUCUCGGUCUUGCCCCAGACAUCCCACGCAGAAUUAUUGACUGCCGUCGGGGAAGUUUUCCACCGCUUCGCAACUAUAUGGACGGCAAUGAACGUCACUGGCACGAUUACCUCCACACUCUAUUCUACUUAUUUACUCUGGCGAACGCAAGGGGGGAAGGCCAGAUCUCUCCUGACCUUGAUUAUUGAGAUGGACGAUGGACGACAGCUAGAUGCGGCGGCCAAAACUCAGGUGGAGAACGACAUUGCGGCGUUCACAAACGCGCUGGCUCCUAAGACAGACCAUCCAGAAGCCGUUCCGUCGGUCAUGCCCGAAAUUUUACUUCUAGCUGAAGAUUCCAAGCCGGACGCUCCAUCAAUUCUCGCAAAUAGUCUCUGGUACAGGUAUCGCACCUCCGGAGACUGGGCAUGGAAGGUCUGGGACAAUAUUGUGGCUUCAUUACGCCAAGUUCCCGUCAUGAGCGAGGACUACGAGCGUCGUCAUACAUACGCACUUCGUUAUGGUCAGUUUCUACUCAAUGUCGACCACCACCUUCCUGGCGGCAUCGAUAAUGACGUGCUCCAAUGGUUUCUCGGUACUGGAAAAAGUGAAGUGCUAGGAUUGACGCUCGAAACCUGGGAUGUACUUAGAGUCGUCCUUCUCUUCCUAUGCGUGCACGGAGCGCUAUCGACAACUACACUGCUUCAAGGACUAGUUUACCCUGCCUGGCAACUGGGAGCUAAUGCAGGCCCUCUCUACCAGCCACAGAAUAUGGAAACGUUUAUACAGGCGGCCAGUGAGCUUUUUGACGCGCUCGUGCUCCAGGAGGAGUGUUUCAUCAGCACGAUUGUCCCACAAGAGCUUCUUGACGCACAACGGAUUCACACUUGGAGACAGGAUGCCUUCCGGGAACCUCAUUUCACCCUUCUCGCCAGUAAUAUACCGAAUUUAGUGCUCCUGGAGCACAAUAACGUCGUUUCAGAUGAACUUCGCGGAUUUGCGCGAGACCUUCGCCUGCGGACGUGCGAGAGUCGCGAUAUCAGACAAUCAUGCUAUCGCAAUCUUGACGCUGUCCGUAGGGGCUUUGAGCACCCGAUUCAGUCGGGAAUGGUCGCAGAAACGCUUUGCGAACCGCUCGUCAACGCACUGAAAAUGAUUUUGAGUGAAUCAGACGAAGACACAGAUGUUAAUUCGUUUUUGAGCACUGGGAUAUCAUCCGUUCUGAGCCCGUGCACACUGGCGGCGACUGCAGUUCAGCUGCAAUUUGGGCUGAGGCAACUCGGAAGGGCGCUUGCUUGUGAGUCGACGAAACAGGGUGCAAGUGCAUCGCUCGACAAAAUGACGUCUUUGAUAUUCCACCACUCGAUGGCCUCGGAAGAAGCAUACUUCAUUGCGGAGAUGGCGAGGGGCGUCGAUGGACCAGUAGCGAUUAAGUUCAUCAAUAAUGGCUUCAAGAGUAUCGUUGAUAUUCUUAAUCGAACCCCUGCUCCUUCGACUCCGGAAUCACUACUGGUGCGGGUUGGCCGUGCAGGCGAGGUGCUUCGUGUACUAUCACAUGUCUCAGAGCCAUUGCGAGAGGAAGGAACUGGACUUGAUCUUGAUGUCUCAACGCAAGAGCGGCUUGCGAAAAUCAUUCUGGAGUCAUUUCAAUUCGCCAAUACGAUGUUUUCCAAAACGACUGAUCACUCUCUGCGUGUUAUCACUGAAGCCGUCAUAUUUUUGGCUCGACUCCUUCAAUUCGACCUUGGUUUCUUUGGGAUACGGACGACACACUUUCGGGAAACAUGUGAGAAGAUGACGCCAGUUCUCUUUGACCUUGUCGUGAUUCAUGCAUGCGGCCCUGCACAAGACGCUGUUGCAUUUGCACUCCUUCUUGAUACCUUGUACUUCCUUAUAGACGAUCUUUUCCUGCACUCCAAAGCUUCGUCGCCAGACCCGUUCAAGUAUUACCCCACGAAACUUCAGUCUCCCCAUCUACAUUCCCUCCCUAGUUCACAUCGUAUACGACUUCUGACUCUCUUUCCACAUCUCCGGUCGAAUGCAGUUGUUCAAGACCUCGCCCACGCUCAUCGAGAUAGCACAGGCCUCCUCGUCUAUGGCGCACCCGUUCAGAACCGCCCAUGGGAAUGGAUUGAGAACCUCGACAAAGAUGAUGGCAUAAUCCGAAACAAUGCCUCUCUGUCGCUCGAACUGUUCGGGGCGAAGGCCACAGGCGACCAUUUGAUUGGCUAUGUGCAAGAUGAAGAUCGUUGCAUACCAACGAGACUGGAAGGUGUCUUCGAAGAUAAAUUAACGGCCGAGGGCGUCUUCCGUCGAGACUGGCGCGAAACGCGACUUCCAGCGCACUCUGAUGUCCGUGCUGGGGAGCGUGGGGUAGGAGAGGGAGCAGACGAGCUGGGAACUCUGCCUAUUUUUGGAUUGCAGAAGCCGGGAUCGAGAAGAGUGUCGCCUGCCUCGUCAGUGCGUUCUCGGGGAUCGGUCAGCUCGGUCCGUCGUAGUCCAGCGUCGCUCUCGGGCAAUCGGUCCGCCGUUUCUACAAGGGAGGGUACCGGGGAGAGUGGUAUCGGUUCUGGUCCAGCGGCAGGGCGCAAACGAAAGGCUUCGGCUUCUGUGGAUGAUGAUGACGAGGUCGAAAUAAUUGAGGGGCCUGUACCAGCAAACCCGAAGAAACUCAAAGUGAAGCCAAAACCAAAGAAAAAGUAG